CCGGAGCUGUGAGUGCGCAUGCGCAGCACUGUUUGGAAGCUUGUGUACACAGCGCGUUAGCUUAACUGUUAAACUCUCGGUUAUAUUAGGUAAUUUAUUCGGUUUAUCGGGUUAAUCUGUGAGUGUUUAUCGGGUUUAAACGGGUUAAAGGAGUGAGGGAGUGUAACUGAGCUGAUUUACAGUUUGAAAGAGGGAACAGGGAGCAAAGCGGAUGGAUUUAGAGACUGGAACCUAUGAACCCGGAUUCGUCGGGAUCAGAUUCUGUCAGGAAUGUAACAACAUGUUGUACCCUAAAGAGGACAAGGAGAACCGUAUUCUGCUGUAUGCUUGCAGGAACUGCGACUACCAGCAGGAGGCUGACAACAGCUGCAUAUAUGUGAACAAAAUCACCCACGAAGUGGAUGAGCUCACACAGAUUAUUGCAGAUGUGUCCCAGGAUCCAACGCUGCCCCGGACAGAAGACCAUCCCUGUCCAAAGUGCGGACACAAGGAGGCAGUGUUCUUCCAGUCUCACAGCAUGAAGGCUGAGGACGCUAUGCGGCUGUACUACGUCUGCACGGCACCACACUGUGGACACAGAUGGACAGAGUGAGGAGGUGGUUGGUGGUGGAGGAUGAAGAUUCUGUUGUGCUGUAGCUGCAUUUGUUCCUAAAGCUGAAGCUGUGAAGGUUUAGUGUGCAACAGCCAUCACUCGCAGCUAGAAUUGAGUCCAUACUGGAGCCGGAGAAUUACAGUCCUGUAAUGUAAAGUGUUUUUUUUUUUUUUUAGUAUUUUUAAUAAAAGAUUGUGUAUAAAUACAUCA